GUGCGCGCCGCCGACCGGCGACCGAGCGAGCAUCAGUUCGCGCCCGACUACCGCACACGUCGCUCAUACCGUCCCACCCCAGUGUUUGCCAAACCUACGCUCGUGCGUUAGAUCCGCUGCAGCGGAAAGUGAUCGCGAAGUGCAAGGUGGCCGGCGCGACGGAGACGGUGCAAGGAAUGUUGAUGGCGGGCGGUCUGCCGGCCGAGUCCGAGGGCUUGCUGGCCCUGGGCGCGCUACCCGGCCAGAAGGACACGACCUGGACGAAGCUCUUCGUCGGCGGCCUCCCUUACCACACCACGGACAAAAGCUUGCGGGAACACUUCGCAGUGUACGGAGACAUCGAGGAGGCCGUCGUCAUCACAGACAGACAGACUAGCAAAAGCAGGGGAUAUGGAUUUGUAAUAAUGGGAGACAGAGCGGCAGCGGAGCGAGCGUGUAAGGACCCCAACCCCAUCAUCGACGGCAGGAAAGCAAACGUCAACCUGGCCAUCUUAGGAGCUAAACCCAGAGGGAACCUUGCGCCUGGAUUCGGUUUGGCUGCGGCGGCGGCGGGCGUCCGUGCCGGCUACCCCACAGUAUUGCCAGCGCACUAUGGGUUGUCCCCCGGCUACGUGUACGGGACCCCUAGUUACAUGCAGACCGUAGGGGGUGUGGGGGCCGGCGUGGGGACCGGCGCAGGGGGCCUAGUACAGAUUCCCCAGAUACAGCACGCGGCCGCGAUGGCUGCUGCGAACCACCUGUACGAAUACCAGGCCGCUGCAGCACAGGGCGCUGCGGCAUAUCAGCAACAGUAUGCUGCAGCUGGAUUCGAUCCUUACGCUACUGCUGCAGCAGCGGCCGCGGCGGCGAGCGGAGCUGGCUACAUGUCUCAGUACUACGCGCUGCCAGGCGGCGGAGUGCAAGGACCACUGUUGCCGCCGCUAGCGUACCCGCCGCAGCUUCAGGAAGCGCGCAUGCAGUAAACAGUCGGACCCAAAGUGUGGCUACAUGACUAACGGCCAAAAUUAAAAUCAAUCUAUCUUUAACUUGUCGAUAACUUACUUAACAACGCUGUUAUACUUGUAUGUCAAAAAGACUUUGACGAAUAACAACAUUGCUAAGUAACUUAUCGACAGAUUAUAGAUAGAUUGAUUUUUAAUUUUGGUCGUAAAUUGACAAUCCUAUCUGUAAUCUGUCGAUAAGUCACUUAACAAAGUUGUUGAUUGUCAUGAAAUUUUUUGGCAUACGUACAAUAACUUUGUAAAGUAACUUACCUACAGAUUAUAGAUAGUUUGAUUAAUUAAUUAUUAAUUAUUUUGAUCGUUUAUCGAUGGCGUAACUAAGCUACGCAUCGACUAACGAUUUUCAUCAUUACUAAAAAAUACUGGAACCCCUGUUCAGAUAUCGACGGACCGACGCGGACGUCCAGUGCUGUCCAUAGAUUUUUUAAAAUAGAGAUUCCUUGUUGCAUAUGAAAGCGGCGCAGCGCACACUAAACGCAACUUUUUU